CCUUUAUAAAAUUACAAAGGCUGCCAUUCUCUCUCUCUCUCUCUCUCUCUCUCCUGUUUGCACAUCUGGGUUUUCGCAUAUUUCAGGACUUAAAAGAGCUGCUGCCUGUGAAACUGUGAUAAGUAGGCUUGAGGGUGACUGAUAUCUUUCUUAAUUCUUAAGCCAUUCGGAGAGCGAGAUUUGUCACCAGUAAGCUUUCAAAGUUUAAGGUGAAGCCAAAGCUGAUGUUUCGUUUCUAUAUCCUGGCAUUGCAGCUUGUGGAAGCAGUGCAGACACAAAAUUCUGUACAGACCCUUCUUGAGGAAAUUCUUCCAGAUUCUUGUGUUCGAUAAGUUGCUGCUGGAAGGAUAAAAUUUACAUCACCGAUUCUUGAGUUUCCAGUCGAUGAACGUUUUGGAGUUGGCUAGUGAUGCCCUUUCUUGAUUUGCAUAGAUGAAGUAGAAUAAUAGUAGCAUGUCUGACAAUCAUUCAGAUUCUGGAUGCAACAAGAUGAAGAAAACAGAGAAUCAAAAGAACCACUUUAAUAGAGAAGUAAUGCCUGGAAGUGAACUUUGGACAGAUGGACUCCUUUGUGCUUUUGAAUUUGUUCGUGGGUGUAAGAAGACAAGUCGGAAAAAAUCUGGUCCAAGGAUCCAGUCCACACAACAAAUAGAAGGUGAGGAUUGGAAGAAGCAUGUACUGAGAAACAGAUCGACUGAUGCUACAACCCCAAAGAGGAACAGUAGCAACUUGUUAGAGCCUGCAUCCUUAGUUGAGUUUGGAGCUAGUGAAACUUUUCCUUUGGAUGACCACAAAGAUACUGAGAACUAUCAUUCAGGUCGUUUUCAUAACAUGGAAAGAUAUCCAGAAAGUCGAUGGAUACCAAUAGGUUGGUCUAGAAUUUCUGAGCUUGUCCAAACAGUGCAAGCUGAUGCAACCUGGGCCGUGCAGCCAAUUGAGUUCACAGAUGAUGAAGAUGACCUCACCGUUGCAGAUGUUGCAGCUCCUUACUGGGAACGACCUGCAGGGCCUACAUGGUGGUGUCAUGUUGCUGCAGGUCACAAAUUCGUUGACACAUGGUUGAGUAACGCUCAAUGGUUACAUCCUGCCAUAAGUACUGCUUUGAGAGAUGAAAGCCGGUUGAUUAGUGAGCGUAUGAAGCACCUUUUAUAUGAGGUCCCUGUUAGGGUUGCGGGAGGCCUAUUAUUUGAGCUAUUGGGGCAAUCAGCUGGUGAUCCUACUGUUGAUGAGGAUGACAUCCCGGUUGUACUUAGAUCUUGGCAAGCACAAAACUUUCUGAUAACUGCAUUGCACGUAAAAGGAUCUACAUCAAACAUAAAUGUGUUAGGAAUCACCGAAGUUCAGGAACUUCUUGCUGCUGGUGGUAUAAAUGCUCCAAAAACUGUUCAUGAAGUAAUAGCUCAUCUGGCUUGCCACCUCUCUCGAUGGGAUGAUAGAUUAUUCCGCAAGUCCAUAUUUGGGGAGGCAGAUGAAGUUGAGCUGAAAUUUAUGAACAGGAGAAACCAUGACGACAUGAAUCUUUUCAGUAUAAUUCUAAACCAAGAAAUCAGAAGGUUAUCAAGACAGGUGAUUCGAGUUAAAUGGUCGCUGCAUGCAAGGGAGGAGAUUGUAUUUGAACUUCUCCAACAUUUGAGGGGUACUGCAGCUAGGAACUUGCUAGAGGGUAUAAGACAGAGUACUAGAGAUAUGAUUGGGGAGCAAGAAGCAGUACGUGGCCGUUUAUUUACAAUUCAAGAUGUGAUGCAGAGCACUGUUCGUGCUUGGUUGCAGGACAGAAGCCUCCGUGUUACGCAUAAUUUGGCCGUUUUUGGUGGGUGUGGCCUUGUUCUUUCUAUCUUCACAGGGCUCUUUGGGAUCAAUGUAGAUGGAAUCCCUGGAGCUAAUAAUACACCCUACGCAUUUGGUCUGUUUACAGCUUUACUCUUCCUGCUAGGAGUUGUGCUAAUUGGAGUUGGGUUACUCUACCUUGGGUUGAAAGGACCUAUUACUGAAGAACAGGUUCAAGUGAAAAAGUUGGAGCUCCAAGAGCUGGUUAAGAUGUUUCAGCAUGAGGCAGAGACUCAUGCACAGGUCCGCCAAGAUUACUCCAGAAGGAACUUGCCCCCAACUGCUGGAGAUACGCCCCAAGAUGGUACACAGUGUGUCCUUAUUAGCUAGAAACAAUGUUGAACAUCCUAAAAGCUAUUUAAAAGUGAUCAUUUGGGUUUCAUGAAGAAAUCCAUCAUGAGAGAAAAUCCAUUGUUUACUUGGUAACAUUGUUCUUGAGCUCAUUGUAACAGGAAUUUGACAAAAAUAGAAUAAAAUCUUUGCCCUAUAA